CGUCACACUUUCUGCUGCUGGAUUUAAACAAACAGCUGAUUUCAUUCAAACAUCUCAACGUCGACAUUUCCGCAUUUUGACGUCUGAUGCUGCGUUUACCCGGCAGCUCCUCUUCCUCAGUGUCUCCAUGGUGAAGUGGGCGGAGUCUGAUGUCCGCCCCUCCACUCGUCAGCCCUCCUGUUGCCAUGCCAACCAUGGUGUCUAGGUUGCCCAAAUUCGGCUCGCGGCCCAAAUCCGCCGCUCUUUCCUCUCAGAUGUGUCCGGCCCCCACCUCGACUAACGCCUCCGCUGCUUCCGCCGCCGCCGCCAGCAGCAGCACCCGCCUCACCAACGGCUUCUACCACCACCCGGGCCCGGUGACGGCGGCGCCCCCCUCCUCCCUCAAGCACAACGGCUUCAUACGGGUGCCGAACUCCUUCUCCAUGAAGUGGAAGAAGGAGAACGGGGCGAUGGAGGAGGGGGCCGGGGGGGACGAGGCGGAGCGGGCGUGGCGAGGAGGGAAAGGCGCGGGCGGCCUCCUUCAGUAUAAUCACCCGUCUCCUCAGCGGUCGCCGGCGGCAACGCAGAGAGACCCGAAGAAGACAGCAGCGGCAGCGGCCUCUUCAGGGAAGGGGCGGAGCUUCGGCCUCCUCACGACGUCGAAGGCGUCACUGCCGGCGCCGAGAACACUUCCUGCACCUAAAACUGGAUCUCAGCUCAAAGCGGGUCAGGCAGCCGCUGCCGCUGGUGCUGUUACCAUGACGACCAACGGCACCAAGAGCCUGAACGGGCCGUCUGGGUCCAAACCGCGAAGUGUAGCCAACGGUUUCCCGAAGCAGCCGCAAAACUUCGCUCCUCCAGGCGGCUCCAGACCCGCUCCCGGUGCUCGAGCUGGUUCUGGUCCCGGUUCUAGGUCAGGUUCUGGUUCUAGGUCAGGUUCCGGUUCUCGGUCUGGUUCUGGUUCUCGGUCCGGUUCUCCCCUCCAGAAGAACCUGCCGGCCAGUCGUUCUCUCUCCAGCGAAAGCCUGGGCUCGGCUCCGUCCGUCAGCUUGUCCGAAGACGACCGGCUCCGUUCCCGCAGCCUCACCCAGGUCCGCCAGACCCCCUCCCCCUCCCUCCCCCCUCCUUCCUCCUCCUCCUCCUCUUCCUCCCUCCAUCGCUCCCCCACCUCCAGCCGCUCCUACUCCUCCAACAGGGCCGCCUCCUCCACCCAGGCUCCGCCCAGAGGCAGCGCAGCCAAAUCACCUGAAGGCGAAGGGGUGAAAGGUCAGAGGUCAGGGUUGGGCGUCCCCUCCCUCCUGCCCCCCUCCGGUCUGAAGAAGCCCCUCUUCCCAAGCCUUGGCUCCGCCUCCAAGCCCAGCGGCAUCAGCUACAAGCUGUCCCGCCCGUCACUCAUGAAGCAGUCCCGCCCCCUCAGAGUGAGCUCGGCCAAUGAGCUGGCAGCAGAGUCGGAGGAAGUGAAGCGCAGAGAUUCGGUGGAGACGCUGUCGACCGCGGAGAACAGCCCAGAAAUGACUCCGGAGGCUCCAGAGGGGGGGGGUCUGUGCUCUGACGUCGUGUCCCACAGAGAGCUGUCGAUCGUGGGGGAGACGCUGGAGGACAUGUCCCUGUCCUCCACGUCGUCUCUGGACAGAAACGACACCAGUCAGGAGUACAUGGACGACUUCGACAACCUCGGAAACGGGGGCGUCGGCAUUCUUCUUCUCUCCUCUAAAAAUGACGAAGACGACUCAGGGCUCGACCAAUCGUGCGCCCGGUUCGAUGACGACAAGGUGGUGGUUAACGGCGUAACCAAGGCGACAGGGCUUUGUUUCCUAGACGACAGCAUGGACUGGGCUGGUAUGAGACUGAGUGUUGAGCAAGGAGACAACCGUCUGACUCGUCUGUCCCGCCGGAGGAGAUCCAGUCAGCCGGACUAUCACGAUCAGGGCGGCUCGUCUCUGGAUUUGUCUCCGUCGGACAGCUGUGGGUCCGGAGGAACCUACAUGUGGGACGAGGAAGGUCUGGAGCCGCUGGGAGGAGGCGCCGCCACAACCGCCUCCAUCCACACCAACAGCAACACCACCCACCACAUCGGGAGCUUCGACUCCGACCUCAACAGCAUCGACAUCCUGAACAAUCUGGAGUCAUGUGAUCUGGAGGACGAUGACCUCAUGCUGGACUCAGAUUUCCCCGAAGAAGGCUCUCUGAACAGCGAUGUAGAUGGGAUCUCUCACAUGGCUCAGUGGAGGAUGAGACAGCUGUGCUGGGGAACGCAGGACAUUCACAACGAGAAUGAAAGGUCUCCCUGCCUGUCUCCUGGUAGUCCUGGUCUUGGUCUGGAUGUGGAAGAACUGGCUGAAGAUUGUUCAGCAGUCAGAUCACAGCUGGAACAUCUGCAGAGGUUACUGCUGCAGGAGGAAGAUGCAGAUGACGACACUCUGACAACAGAAACUCUGAGUCCUGAAGCUGCAGAGUCCUCAACCAGCUCAGAGACACAGGUUCAGGAUCUCCUGCAGGAGGUGCAGCAGCUCAGAGAGGAGCUGAAGAAGCAGAGAUCGAACCAUCGCUCAGCUCACUGUGCAGCUGACUGUUCCCGCGGCGACCAGCAGGUGUCGUUGCCAGGAGACGACAGGAAAAGUGGAUCGACACACACAGACGAGUGUGACGGAGAGAGAGAGCGUUGCAUCACAGACGCCAUGGAGAGAACACACUUCACAGAUAUUUCACCCCUCCAGGCAGGAAGAGCAGGACCCACUGACCCCUCCCCGACCCCUGGCUCCGCCUCCAGCUGCUGACGCCUGCUCCCC